GCGGCUCUGGCGCAUCGCGGAAGCAGAAACCGCGCUGAACUCCAGGGCGCCUGCGUCUAUUCUUAACCCUUUGGGACUUUUUUUCUCUUAAUUUGUAAUUAUUUAAUUGCAGUGUUUAUAAGCCCGAGGGUGCGGAAAAGGGCAUGCGUGUUCAGCAUGGGGGAAGACGAGGAGGAGGAUUACAUGUCCGAUGCAUUCAUCCAGCAGGACGUCAGGCCCGGCUUGCCCAUGGUGCGGCGGGUGAGGGAGGCCAUUCAGAAGGAGGAGAAGCAGAAAGAAGCCAACGAGAAGAACAAGCAGAAGAGCGUGAAAGAAGAGGAGCACGAGCGGCGCGAGGCGGUGCUGAGGAGCGCGCUGGGCAACGAGAACAGGGGCUUCGCGCUGCUGCAGAAGAUGGGCUACAAGAGCGGCCAGGCCCUCGGCAAAAGCGGAGAAGGCAUCGUUGAACCUAUUCCUCUGAACAUAAAAACAGGCAGGAGUGGACUUGGUCAUGACGAAUUCAAAAAGCGAAAAGCUGAAGAAAAACUAGAAAGCUACAGACAAAAACUCCAUAUGAAAAAGAAAGCAAAUGAACAGGCUGCAGAUCAGUUCAGAACAAGAUUCAAAACCAAACAAGAGGAACGUAAAAUGGAAGGGGACCUCCGAAGAAGCCAGAGGGCCUGCCAGCAGUUGGAUAUGCAAAAGGAUAUUGAUGUUCCCAAGGAGAUCUGGUAUUGGACACAACCUGAAGAGGAAGAGCAAAAGGAGGAAGAAGAGAAAGAAGAUGAAUGCACAAGUUCAGACCUCAGUGUAUCAGAAAAGUUACAGCUCCUGACUGCCUACUUAAGAAAAGAACAUUUUUACUGCAUUUGGUGUGGCAUAACCUACGAAGAUGCUGAAGAUUUAUCUUCAAACUGCCCUGGAGACAGUGCUGCAGACCACGACUAAAGUUUUCCUCAAGAAAAGAAUCCUAGACGAACAUGUAUAUAGUUCAUAAACUUUUUUUUUUUCUUUUUAAAGAAGAUACAAUGCUCUGCCAGACUCAGAAGAACUCCUACAAAGUUGCAGCAGAAGAAUGUUGACAACUGCUUAAACUGUACAUUUCUGAAGCAUUUAUGUAUUUUUGGCUUGAUUAACAAUUCAAUCAGAGUUUUAAAAAAAAUCUAUUUCCACUAUUGUAAUUUAGAGGCAAGUAAGACUUUCAGCAGUCUUUGCUUGCUCUGGCUGGAGCAAGAUCAGCUAAUAAUAGAACACAGGUUUAAAUGAGGGGAUAGCUUACCAUACUUUAAACAGUUAACUAGUUAAAACAAGUGUGUGUUUGUUUUUAAAUAUAUCUUUACAAAAAUAGCUGUACAUUUAUGCAGUGAGUUUCUUUUUCUUAUCCUGUUAGAGCUGAUGAAAAAAGUUUGUGAAAUAUUACAGUGAUAUUAGAACUGAUAUUCUCCUGGAUCUAGCAGUGGCAUGUUGUAGACUCUUGGGGUAUGUUAAAUAAAUAUUUUACUAUUUU